GCAUCUCUGACAAAGCUGACCACGCUUCAGCCAGCAGUGAGGACCAUAAUGACUUACAUUGCAAAGAAGUGCGGCGUCUGCUUUCAGCCCCCAUCUGUCAUCCUGAUCUACCGAGACGACAGCAAGAAUAAGACUCGUCAGCGCAUCAUGCCCGUCAGAAAUUUCUCCAAGUUCUCAGACUGCAGAGUGGCUGCUGAGCAGCUGAAGACUAACCCUCGGCACAAGGCUUACCUAGAGGGAGUCUCCCUGUGUCAGCUAGAGAAGCUGUACAGUUUGCUGAAGGGUCACCUGGGAGGAGAGAGCCUGGCUGAGAGCUUGGGAAAGUUUCAACGGGAGGACACCAUUGACCCAGAAGAGGAUAUGAACAAACUAGAUGACAAGGAACUAGCCAGAAGGAAGAGCAUCAUGGAUGAGGUCUUCGAAAAGAACAGAAAGAAGAAGGAUGACCCAGAUUUCAUCUAUGACAUUGAGGUUGAGUUUCCGCAGGAUGAGCAGCUGGAGUCUUGUGGAUGGGAUGUGGAGUCAGGUGAAGAAAUGUGA